UCUCUCUCUCUCUCUCUCUCUCUCUCUCGGCUGAAAGUCUGAAACUAUGCAAUCUGUGGCAUGGAAAACCACCAUGGCAGCAGCUGUCCUGCAUCUGUGGAUCUCAACCAUGGGAGUAGAAUCCUACUACCAAUCAUCGGACAUGAUAACCCAAUUGCCUGGGCAGCCUCCGAUCAGCUUCCAGCAUUUCUCUGGCUACAUUGCUGUCGAUGAGAAGGAACAGAGAGCUCUGUUCUACUACUUUGCUGAGGCCGAGAUUGACCCUGCUUCCAAGCCUCUUGUGCUCUGGUUGAAUGGAGGGCCUGGUUGUUCUUCAGUUGGAGUGGGUGCAUUCUCUGAAAAUGGGCCUUUGAGACCAAGUGGAGAGGUCUUGGUGAAAAAUGAGCAUAGCUGGAAUAAAGAAGCAAAUAUGUUAUACCUGGAGACACCAGCAGGAGUUGGGUUCUCUUAUUCUACUGAUACUAACUUCUAUGUGGGCGUGGAUGAUAAGAUAACAGCCAGGGACAAUCUGGUGUUCUUGCAGCGCUGGUUCGUCAAAUUCCCACAAUACAGGGGCAGAGAUCUGUUCAUAACAGGCGAAAGUUAUGCUGGUCAUUAUGUUCCACAGCUCGCUCAGCUCAUGAUCCAAUUCAACAAAAAGCAGAAGCUAUUCAAUCUCAAAGGAAUCGCUAUCGGAAAUCCGGUUCUUGAAUUCUCCACAGACUUCAAUUCGAGAGCGGAGUACUUCUGGUCGCACGGGUUGAUAUCAGAUUCGACAUACCGGAUGUUCACUUCUUCAUGCAACUACUCACGGUACGUGAGCGAGUACUACAGGGGCUUUGUUUCCCCUAUUUGUGCCAGCGUGAUGAGCCAGGUGAGCCGAGAAACCAGCAGAUUUGUAGACAAGUAUGAUGUCACUCUGGAUGUCUGUAUAUCGUCGGUUCUCUCACAAUCCAUGGUUCUCAGUCCUCAGCAAGUCACUGAGCAUAUAGAUGUCUGCGUGGAAGAUGAAACGGUGAAUUAUCUCAACCGAAAAGACGUGCAAGCGGCUCUGCACGCCCGUCUCAAAGGAGUCACUAGAUGGUCUGUUUGCAGCAGCAUCUUGGAUUACGAACUGCUUAAUCUGGAGAUACCCACAAUUACUGUUGUGGGCUCACUCAUCCAAUCGGGUAUUCCGGUCUUGGUCUACAGUGGAGACCAAGAUUCCGUGAUCCCCUUAACUGGGAGCCGUACGCUAGUCCAUGGUUUGGCAUCUGAAUUAAGAUUAAACGCCACGACUCCUUAUAGAGUCUGGUUCGAGGGGAAGCAGGUUGGCGGAUGGACUCAAGUGUAUGGAAACAUCCUCUCCUUCGCCACCAUCAGAGGAGCUUCUCACGAAGCUCCGUUCUCUCAGCCGGAGAGAUCACUUGUUCUAUUCAAAGCAUUUCUUCAAGGCCAGCCGCUACCAGAAUCAUUCUGAUAUACUUGAUCAGAUAUCCUACAGGAACUGAGGGAGAGAUGCUAACUCUCUGAUCUACUGAUCAGAUGUUCUACAGGAACUGAGAGUUUUCAAAUGGUAUUUAAUAGGAAGUUGAAAAA